GUAUUUGACAAUUCGGCGGCAGUAUAACUGUAAGUAGGGUUUUGUUUAUCCAAAACGAAGAGGAGGAAGAACACACAGAGGUGAGAGGGAGAUGGAUUCGUUUACAGGAGCUUCGAGUGGAUCAUCGUCGUCGUCGCCUCAGAUGUCAAAGGAGGACUUCAUGGACCAACUCAAAACUCAACUGGCCCAGGCUUACGCCGAGGAGUUCCUUGAGACGAUAAGGGGGAAGUGCUUUGAGAAGUGUAUUACCAAACCAGGAAGUAGCCUUAGCGGGAGUGAGAGUAGUUGCAUAUCGAGGUGUGUGGAUCGCUACAUUGAAGCUACGGGUAUUAUCAGCAGAGCUCUUUUUAGUUCAUCGCGAUAAACUCCACUUGAAGCACACAAAGCAUAGAGAGAUGAAAUCUUCAGAAAAAGCGAGACGAGGGUAGGCUAAGAUUGUUUUCUGUAUUGCUUUCCCAUUCCUUUUUAUCUUUUCAGUACACAGACUGUCACUUUCAACACCAAUUUUUUGAACUUGAUUAAUGAGGCGCAUAAGCUUUGGGUCUG